AUGGCGAACUCUCUCGAUCACCUCACCAGCGGGAGUAAGCUGGAGUGGAUGUCCAAACUCCAAUGCGACUAUAAGCCCCUCAGAGGGGAGAAUAUCGCCAACUAUGCCAACUACCGCCGUACCGCAAUCAUCGGGACCAUUGGUCCGAAAACUAAUUCCGUUAAGAAGAUCAAUAUCCUGCGCAAAGCUGGUGUCAAUGUUGUUCGCAUGAACUUUUCCCAUGGCGAUUACGAGUAUCAUCAAUCUGUCAUUGAUAAUGCCAGAAAGGCUGAGCAAAUUGAAGCAGGGCGCCCGCUCGCUAUUGCUUUGGAUACCAAAGGACCAGAAAUUCGAACCGGCAAAACAGUAGGUGGUGAGGAUAUUAAAAUACUUGAAGGAGCGGAGUUGAUUAUUACGACUCACGAUGACUAUGCGGAGAAGUGUGAUAAUAAAUAUCUCUACGUCGACUACAAGAACAUCACGAAGGUGAUUCAGAAGGGUAAACUAAUAUACGUGGACGACGGCAUUCUCUCAUUCCAAGUCCUCGAGAUCAUAGACAAUCAUUCUCUCCGCGCCAAGUGUCUCAACAAUGGCUUCAUCUCCUCCAAAAAGGGCGUCAACCUCCCCGGAACCGACAUCGAUCUCCCCGCCCUCUCCGAGAAGGACAAAGCCGACCUCCGCUUCGGCGUAAAGAAUAAAGUCGACAUGGUCUUUGCCUCCUUCAUCCGCCGCGCCUCAGACAUCAAGGACAUCCGCGCUGUCCUUGGCGAAGAAGGCAAGGAAAUUCAAAUCAUCGCCAAGAUCGAGAACCAGCAAGGCGUCAACAACUUUGAUGAGAUCCUUGAAGAAACUGACGGCGUCAUGGUCGCACGUGGAGACCUAGGUAUCGAAAUCCCUGCGGCAAAGGUCUUCAUCGCCCAGAAGAUGAUGAUUGCCAAGUGCAACAUCAAGGGCAAGCCUGUCAUCUGCGCGACACAGAUGCUUGAGUCGAUGACAUAUAACCCGCGUCCCACGCGUGCGGAGGUGUCAGAUGUCGCCAACGCGGUUCUGGACGGGGCGGACUGUGUUAUGCUGUCUGGCGAAACUGCCAAGGGCGAUUAUCCCAAGGAAGCUGUAAUGAUGAUGCAUGAGACAUGUCUGAUUGCCGAAGUCGCUAUUCCAUAUGUCAAUGUCUUUGAUGAGUUGCGGAAUCUCGCGACUCGACCCCUGGAUACCGUCGAGUCCAUUGCCAUGGCUGCUGUCUCUGCAAGUCUGGAGCUGAAUGCCGGAGCUAUUUUGGUAUUGACGACGAGCGGCCACUCCGCCCGCCUCCUCUCCAAAUACCGUCCCGUCUGCCCCAUCAUAAUGAUCACCCGCAACGACAUUGCUGCCCGUUACUCCCACCUCUACCGCGGCGUCUACCCCUUCAUCUUCCCCGCAAAGAAGCCCGACUUCACCCGCGAGAACUGGCAAGAGGACGUCGACAACCGUCUCAAGUUCGGUAUCGCCAAGGCCAUUGAACACCAUGUUCUUUCCCGCGGUGACUCUGUCGUCUGUGUCCAGGGCUGGAGGGGCGGGAUGGGUCAUACAAAUACCAUCCGUGUGGUUCCUGCGGAUCCGGAGAAUUUGGGGCUUGCGGAGGGGUAA